AUGAGAACCCAACGUUUUGUGGUCUGGCUUGGGACCUUUGUUCUGGUCUCCUUGUUUCUCAUUUACUUCAGAGGCUCCAAUUCCUAUCCUACAGCAAAUGUCUUUCCUUCCCCGGAUCCUCGUCCUUCAGCCAUCUUUCAGAGGCCCUCAAUCCCGCCCGAUGCGCAGCUUAUCGAGCAGUCCACUAACCGCAAGGUUGCUCAACCAGACGGCAUUCAUCCGAUUGCAUCGCUUGUCGAGAAUGCUGAGCAGCAUUCCGAUCGGCUCCUGUCACGCCAAUCGAAGACUCUGGCCCAGGCGGUCACCGAAUAUCGCUCUCGCUACAACAUGCACCCUCCCCCGCAUUUUGACAAGUGGUUCCAAUUCGCCAAGGAUAGGGGGGUGCAGCUAAUCGAUGAAUAUGAUACGAUCUAUCAUGCACUCUUGCCCUUCUGGGCCCUCGAACCGAAGACUAUUCGUGAGCGGGCCCGGGAGACCUUGGGCUUCGACAAUUCCAUGAUCGGGGUACUCAUCAGGAAUGGUACAGUGUCUUUGGUCGAAGGAGGGGCUUAUGAGCAGAGCUGGCAGCGCAGUGCCACUGCCAAGAUGAUCAAGAAAUUUGUCGAGUAUCUACCCGAUAUGGAUCUUGUGUUCAAUGCCCUCGACGAGCCCCGAGUCAUCGUACCUAGCGAGGAUCUUCAGAGGCUGGUAGCUAUUGCUAAAGAUCGGAUUUCCCGAGACACUUUUACGAAUACCAUGCCAACGAAUGUAUGGUCUGAUCGACCGGCCGAUCUGAACAAAGGUGAUCGCAUUGACGAGGUGCGCACCACCCGCUUCAACCGGUUCACUCAUCAGUCCACCUGGAGUUAUUCUCGGUCUUCCUGCCCAGUCGACAGCCCAGUUCGGUCUCUUGAUGAGCAAGCAGCGGACAAUACCAACUCGUAUGCAUAUGGUGAACUAGGGUUCAUCUACAACACGACCGCCUAUUCAGACAUCUGCAAUUCGCCUUCUUUUCGUUACAAAUACGGCUUCUUCGACCGACCGAACAAGUUUGAGGCUGUACAUGACUUGUUUCCAGUCUUCUCGCAAAGCAAAAUCUCUAGUUACCAGGACAUCCUCUACCCUAGCCCCUGGUACUACGAUGACCAGGUACCUUACGAGGGAGACAAGGAUUUCGAGUGGGAAGAGAAGAUGGACAAGAUGUACUGGAGGGGAUCAACGACCGGAGGGUACUCAAGAGCUGGAGGCUGGCGGCGGCAGCAUCGGCAGCUAUUUGUCGGCAACGUCAAUGCUUUGAAUACGGCCAAAGUGCUCUCCAAAUCUGAAAAAGGCCAAUGGAAGGCCAGGGGCGUUGGCCGAAACUCUUUUGCCGACUUUUUUGACGUUCAUUUUACCUACAUUGGCCAAUGUGACGAGGUUGAUUGUGCCGCCCAGAGGGAGUACUUUGACGUUGCGGAACCAGUCGAUCAGCAAGAUGCUUGGGCUUACAAGCACUUGCUAGACAUGGACGGGAAUGCCUUCAGCGGUCGUUUCUAUGCUUUCCUGCAUAGCAAAAGCCUGGUUUAUAAGAUAUCCAUCUUCCACGAAUGGCAUGAUGAGUGGCUCAAACCCUGGGCCCAUUACGUACCUCUGAGCCUGACCGGAGAUGACUAUCUCGAGGCCGUCCGGUACUUCGAGUUAGAAGAUGAGGCACGCGAUAAGCUCUGGAAUCUGUCGAAAGAUUGGUCGGGUUUCGCCCAUCACAUACUCACUCUGCGAAAUGGCUUCAAAUUCCAUUAUGUUUGCAAUGAUCAGGGAGCCACGGACCAGGAUAAGCCAGUGGUUGUCUUCAUCCACGGCUUCCCGGACAGCUGGGCCAUCUGGCGCCAUAUCCUAAGCUCAUCUUCCCUUCAAGAGUCCGCGACCUUGAUUGCAGUGGACAUGCCCGGCUAUGGAGGCAGUGAUAGCUUUGACGAAUACACCGCCACCAAUGUGCUCGAGAGCUUGACGGAAUUCAUAAUUGCGAUCAGGGCCAAAUAUGGCGUGGAUACUGAAGCUGGCCCCCGUCAGAAGAAACUGACUAUUGUCGCGCACGACUGGGGUUGUGUUGUCUCCAUGCGACUUGCUGCUGAAGCUCCUCAGUUGGCGGACCGGUUUAUCUUGACUAAUGGGCCGUUGCCUCGACUUUCUGUUGCCAACGUUCGUCGUCUGGUUUCCACAUCGGUCAAGAUGGUCAAGACUGCUUCGCGCGAUCCGAUUAGUUCUCGCUCCAUGUUCUCUAAGGCGUUUUCGACUCUGAGUCCCGUUUAUCGGCAACUGUGGAGGUCUAAGUAUAUCUUCGCUUUCCAGCUUCCCAUGUUUCUCGUUCGGUAUUUGGGUAGGGGAGGGUACUAUUCCUUCUUGAAAAUCAUUCACAGGUCUUCCUACGGAAAGCGGGAAUUUACUUCAGAAGAUGCUGCAGAGUGUUUGGCAAGCACGAUGGGCCCGUCAAUUGCGGAAUCCGACACCCAGACUGCUGAUGGCGAGGAAUACCCGGCUUCGCUGAAGAAUGAGCGCGCACCGUCCAGCUUUCAGCAUAUGGCCUGCUACUACAGGGAUGGGACUUCUAUCGCGCUCUGGAACAAGACUGUUGAGACGAUUACCGACCUGCACAGCAUCGCAUCCAAUGGCAGUGGCAGCAACGGGACUGGACUGUUUGACGACGGACCCAAGGGCGCCUUGAAGGCCAGUGCAACCAUCCUUUGGGGCAAGGCCGACAUUGCCUUGGAGCCGCAGAUUUGCUUGGAUGGGAUCUCGGAUUAUCUCGUCACGAACAGUCACCUUGUCGAGCUGCCUCUGUCGGGACACUUCACUCCGUUGGAGCGCGAAAGCCAGGUUGCGUUGGAAAAGGCGGUUGAGUGGGCUGUCAAGGGCGAGAAGGAGGACAUUGGGGCUGUUAUCAAGGCUUGCUACCCGAAGGCUGUGGCCGUUUAUGAUGAAUUAAUACCUGUGCAUCCUUUAACAAACAUCACCCCAGCGAAUCUCUGGCUCAUGGACCGGCCGGACUUGAUCGCAACCUUCACGAAGAUCGAGCUCUGGCGCCAAAUACAAUACAAGCGCAUUGUCUACAUUGAUUGUGAUGUGGUGGCUCUCAGAGCUCCCGAUGAGCUCUUGGAAUUGGAGGUGGACUUCGCGGCAGCUCCGGACGUGGGCUGGCCGGACUGUUUCAAUAGCGGCGUGAUGGUGCUGCGUCCCAACUUACAAGACUAUCAUGCUCUCAGAGCAUUGGCAGAGCGAGGCAUCAGCUUCGACGGUGCCGACCAGGGGCUGCUGAAUAUGCACUUCCGCGAUUGGCACAGACUGAGUUUUGCAUACAAUUGCACGCCCAGCGCAAAUUAUCAGUACAUCCCAGCCUACAAGCAUUUUCAGAGUACUAUCAGCAUGAUUCACUUCAUUGGAGCGCAGAAACCAUGGAACAUGGCAAGACAGGUGGAUCCGAUCCAUUCACCAUAUAACCAGUUGCUGGGGAGAUGGUGGGCUGUCUAUGAUAGGCACUAUCGUCCUACCGUAACUGCACAAGCACAAGCACAAGCACAAGCACAAGCACAACCGCAUCCCUCACAGCAACCUCAGCUGGAGGCACCCACUCAGCCACCUCAGUCAUUCCAGCCAACUCAGGAAGCAGCAUCAACGCCAAGUUAUCAUAGCCACAUUGCACACGAGGUUCCUCAAGUACAUCAAAUCCACCAAGUGCAUCAAGCCCAUGAAGUCCAUCAGGUACUUCCUCAGCAAAGUGUAACGGGCCCAGUUCCAGUUCAAGAGCACACAGUCUCAGGACCAGGACAAUUCACUGAAGACGUGCGACAGGAACAGCAUGCGACUGAAAGUGUACCAGCACCGAUUAUAAGUGCCGUUCCACGGUACGUUCGUGGGGAAGAGCAUGUUACUGCAUAUAUACACCCUCACUCAGGCCAGACAUCCUUUGUAGCGCAGGUCGAGGCACCACUGCACGCACAUGAAGCUAGUGUAUCAUCAUUUGUACCAACAACUACCUCAGAGACUUCAUAUACCCACCCCCAGUUCCAUCAACAUCAUGCAGAGACAGUCCAUGCAACUGAGCAGCCACCUGCACCGGCGUCACCAAAACCCGAAGUUCAGACUUCGUUUGAGCCACCCAAGGCAGAAUGGGAUGCGUCCAAGGAACCUCCACCAUUGAACACGAAGCCAGAAGGGUUUGCCUUGGCAAAGAAAACUUACACCAUGUCGCAAGAUGAGCAGCUUUUCCAGCCUCCAGAAUCCUAUCCGGAAGCACCUAAGAACAUGUAUUAUGAAGUACCUAACACACCACCAGAGCCUGAAAAGCUCGCCCAGCUGUUUCCCUGGGAAACUCAUGCGCCCAGACCAACCCGCGUGUUUCCAGAAGAUGAUCAAAGCUCGGCGACAUUUUCCAUCCCAAGAUCCUUCCUGGAAUCCACAGAAUACGAGGCAGGCCCAUCACUUGCGUCUCGACUGACAUCCUGGGCCUCCGAGGAGCCGACCGAAUCCUGGGACACGUAUUCGCGGUCUAAUGUAUGGGACGAGGUGCCAGAGAUCCAAAGAUACAUCCAAUCCCUGCAACAAGCUCGCAGAGGCAGAGUGCAAGUGCUCACUGGCGGCCCGUCAAGCACAGGACAGACCAUACCCGGCCAAGGAGGGUUCAACUUCGGCUGGACCAAUAUGCGGGUGACCGACUUCCCUAGCGAAGAAGAGCGUCCCAGCCUCCCUGUAACCCCAGCUCCCAUCCGAAGGCAGCCACCUGGUCCAGGUGAAGACUACUCGGACCAAGACCUACUCCCGCCCGCACAGGGUGUGCCAAACCAGGAGGACUGGGUGGGUAUCACGGUUGAUAUCUUUUUGCACCUCCUUCGAGCGACCCUCGAAGAACUUCGUCGACGUCAGUCCGAAGCAUUAGACAAUCCAGAUUCGCUUCUUGAGCGGAUCUUGGCGAGUCAUCGACGCAGGGAUUCCUAG